UUGGGGCGUCCAGAGUGAGGCGUUCCACCAGCAGUUGUCACUUGAGCAGUGGAUGAUGGCACAUAUGCUGCUCUGAGUUGGACCCUGUUUCUCUUCAGGACUGUAUCCCCUCUGAGGUCUUUGACUUGGACUAUCUCGUACUUGGAGCUCUUUUAAAAUUAACUGGCCUCGAUCCAGAUUACGGGCUGUUUCUUUUUUCUCUCUCUCUCUGUGUGUCAGAGCAUUUCCAUACUGCCUCUUGGCAUCUUUAAUCUUUGACGGAGCUGCCCAGCUGAGGUGAAGGGGAGGGCAGAGGACCCCGGUUCAGCCUGUGGAGUGUGGAUGACCUGCCCCCGGAAACAGGACCAUGAUCUGAAGAGGGCGUCGCACACCUGUUCUUCCUCUCCUCCUUCUCCCUGUCUUUUUUCUUUCUUUCUUUUUUUUUUGUAAACUGACGGCGUGACGGCCUCCCUGCAGUGUGCACAAAGAGGACGAACCAAACGAGACCAGACAAUUUAAGGAGGAAGAAAUCCCAACGACAGCCACCUGUGAGCGACACCGGAAACAUGGGGAGGAAAAAGAUUCAGAUCCAGAGGAUCACUGACGAACGCAACAGACAGGUGACGUUCACCAAGCGGAAGUUCGGUCUGAUGAAGAAGGCGUACGAGCUGAGCGUCCUGUGCGACUGCGAGAUCGCCCUCAUCAUCUUCAACCACUCCAACAAGCUGUUCCAGUAUGCCAGCACUGACAUGGACAAGGUCCUGCUGAAGUACACCGAGUACAACGAGCCGCACGAGAGCCGGACCAACGCCGACAUCAUCGAGGCUCUGAACAAGAAAGAGCACCGGGACUCUGAGAGCCCAGAACCCGAGGAGCCCUUCUCCCUCACCCCCCGCACUGAGGAGAAAUACAAAAAAAUUGACGAGGAGUUUGAUAAAAUGAUGCAGAACUAUAGGCUGUCAUCUACAGUCCCACAGCCCACCUUCUCCAUGCCAGUCACCGUGCCAGUAUCCAAUCAGAACGCGGCGGCGGCGGCGGCCCUCCAGUUCAGUAACAACCCCAGCGGCGCCCUGGUCACCACCACCUCCUUUGUCACCUCCACCCUCACAGACCCCCGCCUCCUGUCGCCACAGCAACCGGCUCUGCAGAGGAACACCGUGUCGCCAGGGUUACCGCAGCGACCCGCGAGCGCAGGUGCUUUGUUGGGAGGAGAUCUGGGGAAUUCGAACGGAGCGUGCCCGAGUCCCGUCCCUAAUGGCUACAUCAGCGCCAGGGCCUCGCCGGGCCUCCUCUCUGUGUCCAACGGCAACAGCCUGGGGAAAGCAGCGCUGGCUAAGUCUUCGCCUUCGCCCAGCCCUCAGAUGGUCAACAGCCGCAAGCCGGACCUCAGGGUCAUCACCUCGCAGAGCGGCAAGAGUCUCAUGCAGCUGACAGAGGACGAGCUGGAGUUGGUGAGUGAGAAUGCUCAGCGGCUAGGUGGCUCCCAGGUGGCACAGCCGCUCACCACACCAGUGGUCUCCGUGGCAACACCCAGUCUCCUUGCGCCAUUCAGCACCAUGCAGACGGCCUACAACACCGAGUACCAGCUGACGAGUGCAGAUCUCACGGCGCUCCAGACGUUCACACCACCGGGGCUGGUGCCUGGAAACAUGGCUGCCUGGCAACAGCAACCAGCAGUCUCCCAGCAACAGCAGCAGCAGCAGCAGCAGCAGCUGAGCUUGGCGUCGCUCAGUAACUUGGUCAUGUGGGGUGCAGAGAAACAGAAUGCGGAGAUGGUUAACUGCAUCUCCAAUUUUGCUGCUAACCUGAGGCCGGUGGGUCACAUACCGCAGGGCGCCGCACUGACAGUCAACACAAACCCCAACGUCAACAUCAAGUCCGAACCCGUCUCGCCAAACCGCGACCGCAGCACUCCCAUCUCCACAGGCGGGGGAGGCGGAGGCGGGACAGGAGGCCAGGGUCAAGUCCAGGGACAAGGCCUGGUGACGGUCGCCUACCCGGCUACCCUGCGCCUGGACGUGGGAGGUCAAGGCCGCUCGCCGGUCGACAGCCUCAGCAGCAACGGCAGCUCGUAUGAGGGCAGUGACCGGGACGACGGCGCCCAGGGACGAGGAGGGGGUCCAGACUUUCACCACCAGGCCAGCGGCGGCGGGGCCCAACAGCCCGCCACGGUCCUCCUGCGGCCCUCAUCAGCCGAGCCCCAGGAGCAGGACGGGACCAACGUCAAGAGAAUGAGACUGGACACCUGGGUCACAUGAAGAGACGGCCAGAGAGGGACGGACGGACGGAUGGAGGAUGGAGAUGUGUACUUGUGGCUUGUGUACAUGCCCCCACCAGCCCUGAUGCCCCCCGAUCUCCUUCCCCACACACACACACACACACACACACACACACACACACACACACACACACACACACAGUAACCUGCUGUAACCUACCUGUCCAGGAAAACAUGCAGACAACACAAGCAUGCUAACACACGCUCAUGUGGCACGUAUGGAAACUGACACACACACACACACACACACACUUGUAUGACAAUGUGCACACACCUUUGAACUCUUUGACUCACACACAGACAAAACCCCGAGGGGUUGAGCCACCAAACCAGGGAUUAUUUAUCAUGUUGGACUUUAUUCAGCUGUCUUUGAGCAGACGAGUUUCUCACGAGGCCGCAGCGGCCAGUAAAAUCCUCAAUUUGGCCACUUGGACGAUUUGACCCGCCGGCCGCAGGCAGAGCCGACGUGCUGCUGGUCUCGCGGCCGGUCUCCCACCCUCACGUCCUGACUGUGUGUUUGUGAGCGGAGUCAGGCCGCCACAUGGCGGGGCUGCGCGGCUUCGCUUCCGGUUCUUGUUUCUUUUGUAAGAAGCCGGUUUGGGCCGUUUUGCUCUUUUUGUUUUUUAAAGUGUGGAGUUUUGUCCUUCUGUCUUGAUUGUUGAUCUUUAGAGUUUGGGGAUUCGUUUUGAACACAAAGACACUAAAAUAAAAAUAAAUAAUAAUAAUUUAAAAAAAGCUCGCCUCCCUCCCUCCCGAGCCGAGCCGAGCCGAGCCGGAGUCCGCGUCUACGGGCCGCGGGUCUGAAGUGGACCUGAUCUGUUGAAGGGGUGAGAGGCUGCUUUUCUUUGAAUCAGGGACGAGCUGCGGCAGCUCAGCCACACAUGACGCGGCUGGUCAACUACGGAUGCUGAGAAAGGCGCGCGCGUGUGUAUGUGUGCGUGCGCGCGCGGGUUUGUUACCUCAGUGAUGCGGUCAAGUGUUGGCGGUCAGUUUGAACACACACCUGCGAUGCACGCGGCCGACGUUGUUUUUGUGAAGCGACUCGUGUUUGGCGCAGAGGGCGGAGGUGACGUGUACAUAAGCAAUCUGUAACCUUUGUGGCUUCUGUGUGACGGAGACGAGCUGAUCUGAGGGUGCAGAUGAAACACGCGCAUACAUUGAAACAGCUUCCGGCGGUAGCGAGGGCAGCUCUGCCUCUGGGGCCGGGGGCUUCAGCAGACGACAGGGAUUGUACAUAUGAAGUCUAUAUUCAGCAGGAUGUCCCCUAAGGAACGAGAGAAAAAGCAAACGCGUUGAUUCUCAGUGGAUCGCUCCUCUUUUUUAUUGUUAUUUAUGCGUGUACAUAAAAGUGUAAUAUGACGACAAGCCAAGAGAGGGCGCUGCAGAGGCGGAAAGGGAAGACGUAGCCGUGGCGACUCGGACUGUUUUCAGUGAGCGAUGGUCAGGACUCUGUCACUGAUGGAGCGCACUUUACCUGAACCCCCCAACCCCCACCUGCACCCACCCCGAGCCCUGACACCUUAACACACACCUGCCCCGUGGACACACACACACACAUACACACACAGGUUAGACUGAUACACGAGUACAUCUCUGCACUUUUUAUUUAUUUAAUCCUACAAAUUGUGUUGUAAUUUAGUUAAUUUGAUCAGAGCUCCCUUUGCAGCCGUAAACAUUUGUGGUGGCUCACUGGCUGCCCGUUUAAAAAUGAAUUCAGGUAUUCAGGUUCAUUCAGGUAUUCAGGUUCAGGUGAUCUGAAAUGCUCAGAUGCUGCAGAAAAACGUGCUCAUAAGACGUUAUGGUGGCAGGAAGUAAAAGGUUAGAAGAAGUCUUUCUAAAGCUUGAGUGGCACAUUUAACUCACUGAAAUGAUUUUUAAUAGUGAAAUCACUCACAGAGUAAUGACUCAGCUGAAAAGUUUGGCUAAAAACGCUGAAUCACUCGUUCAUCUUUCCAUCUACGAUCAGUUUGUCCCCUGUUGGCCUAAAACUAAUGUUAGCAAACAUGGCGACUACUUAAUGUUAAGUAAAGUGUUGUUUUCCAGCCAAACUCCGCGUUGCUGUCCUGUUAAGAGCCACGUGCGCCCGUCACUGUCAUGUGACGUGGAGGCAAAAAAAACCAAAAACCGUGAAGGUUAAAGACGUGAGAGAAGUCAUCUCUGCGACAGGAGGCAAAGGGUGAGUCAGGGUUUAGUGGGUCGGUUUUAGAAACAAAUUCAUGUAUUUAUUUAUUUAUUUGUAUUAUUUUCCCCUGAAAGCCCUCUGCAGCCUCCGUCCAUUUGCUCGUUAAAAGCUUUGGAGGCAGUUUGGGUGUCGUUUGGCGCUAAGCCGGAGGCUUCAGAGCGAGUCUUGAUCCUUUAAUGACUACCUCCCAAAUCCAACGCAGCCGCCACGUCCUCCUCGUGGACAGGCCCUCCUCACGCCCCUGUCGCCCCUGUCACUCACUCACUCACCCGCUGUGUUUCCCUGCCUCUCUGGGAGGUUAGUCUCACACACACUCACACACACUCACACACACCGUCCACACUGCAGGUGUCAGCACUGAAAUGAGUCAGCUGAUGCUGGGGGUCGUUUUGUUUCUUUAAGGGAAACUCCCGUCUCCUCACUUCCCCCUUUUCUCCCCCUCCGUCUGUCGUCCCCCCCCGUGACGAGUCUGUGCGUCGGCGUUGCUUUUCUGAGCGCGUGGCAGACCGAACGUGAAUCCCAUCCUUUGACUGUUAGGACUGUUGUUCCCUGAGCUUCGAACAAAAAAAGAAAAAGCCGUGGACCCCGGGCAGGAGGCCGUAGGCUGGCCUCGAACGGGGACUCUCAGGAGUUCCAGUGGUUGCAUGUUCUGUAGAGCAACACUAGGGGUCGCUGUAAUCACGAAACACAAAGACAAUCGUGCUGAGGAAUAGUUUUAAGAACCUGCACCCCCCACACCUGUUGAAAGCGGUUCUUCUUGCUCCUGUAUACUGAUGUUUAGAGCUCACUUUCCAGUGUUAAUUUGUGCUGGUGACAGUCUGUUUUUAAUUGUUCUCUGAGCAUUGAUAUUAUUAUUAUUCUUAUUAUUAUUAUCAUCAUGACCACAGCCUCCCCUGAUGGUCGUGAUGGUAUAGAAAUCUGCGUUUUGUUUUUCUUUGUGUAGGUUAGGCAUCUUGUUUUAUUUGGAUUUUUAUUUUAUGAUAUAAAAAUAUUCUAUAAAUAUUUUUUUUUCUGUUUUGGGGAUUUGUUUUCCUUUUUUCUUCAAAAAGGGUGUUACUAAUGUUGCACGAUUUUUAUGACAUGAAACAAACCACACAAGCAUAGCGAUGUUAGUGCACGUGUGGCUGCGGACGGAGACGCCGAGCGAGUCCACAAACUGCUUCAAUGCUGCAACUUUCGAGUCCAAUGUACAAAAAACCUCUCAGUCCACGCACACGUGGAGGGAGGGGCAGGGCGGCGGCGGCGGGGUGGGGUCAGCGUGACACGUCUAACUUAUAUCUGACCAGACACAAUGAUGUCAAUGCAUGAGCGUUUAAAAACAAGCCAAGAGUGAAUCAUGUUAUAGGAAAUAAGAUGUAAUAUGGACACAAAUAUUCAUCACACAGAAAUAUGUUUAAGGAAAAAAAAAAUGAAAUUGAAGAAAAAAGUUUAAAAUAAAUUAUAGCUAAUAUAUUGUGUUCGGCUAGUCUGCUUUUUUUGUUGUAAAGAUACUUUUUUGUUGUUUUUGGAGAAUGAUAUACAAUUUGUGUAUAUUUUCAUAAAUAAAGUAUGCACUGAUAUGUUAUUACAAAUUCUAUACUGCUUUUACAAAAAAGUGUUUGUUAUUGUACCAAAGUAUCCAUUGGUCCCCUCUUACCCUCCUGCCCUUUUUGCGUAUGUUUUAACGUAUUUUAUAUAUUAAAUAGACAAGUUGACCUACA